GUGCCGUGCCCCACCAUGCCCCAUGGGCCAUCGCCAUGCCGCGCCAACCACGCCGUGCCCCGCCGUGCCCCACCGUGCCCCGUGGGCCAUCGCCGUGCCGUGCCAACCACGCUGUGCCAUGCCCCGCCGUCCCUCGUGCGCCGUCGCCGUGCCGUGCUGACCGUGCCGUGCCCCGCCGUGCCCCAUGGGCCAUCGCCAUGCCGCGCCAACCACGCCGUGCCCCGCCGUGCCCCAUGGGCCAUCGCCGUGCCGUGCCCCGCCGUGCCCCGUGGGCCAUCGCCGUGCCGUGCCCCGCCGUGCCCCGCCGUGCCCCAUGGGCCAUCGCCGUGCCGUGCCCCGCCGUGCCCCACCGUGCCCCAUGGGCCAUCGCCGUGCCGUGCCCCGCCAUGCCCCGCCGUGCCCCGUGGGCCAUCGCCGUGCCGUGCCCCGCCGUGCCCCGCCGUGCCCCACGGGCCAUCGCCGCGCCGUGCCCCGCCGUGCCCCGCCGUGCCCCGUGGGCCAUCGCCGCGCCGUGCCGACCCCGCAGGCCGGUGCCGCGCCGUGCCGCGGGUGCCCGGUGCCGCGGCGGUGCCGGCGGGGCGCUGCGGGCGGCGGGCGCAGCAGCGGGUGCAGGUGCUGCGGGCGCUGCGCAGUGACCCGGUGGGGCUGGAGGGGCUGCGGGCGGCCGCCCGCGGCGAGGGGGGGCUCUGCCCCGAGCUGCGCCGCCAUGUCUGGCCCCGGCUGCUCGGCAUCGACCCCGGCCACCUGCCCCCCCGGCCAGCCCCCCCCGCCCUCCAGGCCCACCGGGACCGGGGGCAGGUGCUGCUGGACGUGGCUCGCUUGGCCCCCCGCUUCCCCCCCGGCAUGCGGGCGGAGCAGCGGCGGGUGCUGCAGGAGCAGCUGGGGGGCCUCAUCCUGCACGUGCUGCGCGCCCACCCCCAGCUCCACUACUACCAGGGUCUGCACGACGUGGCCCUCACCCUGCUGCUGGUGCUGGGCCAGCGCCGCGCCGCCCCCCUGCUCGAGCGGCUCUGCACCCACCACCUCCGGGACUUCAUGGACCCGACGCUGGACGGGACGAAGCACAUCCUCAACUACCUCACGCCGCUGCUGCAGCGCGAGAGCCCGCGGCUCCACGACUUCAUGGAGAAGGCCGAGGUGGGCACCGUCUUUGCCCUGAGCUGGCUCAUCACCUGGUACGGGCACGUCCUCGCCGAGUUCCGCCACGUCCUUCGCCUCUACGACUUCUUCCUCGCCUCCCACCCCCUCAUGCCCGUCUACUUCGCCGCCGCGGUGGUCCUGCACCGGGAGGAGGAGGUGCUGGGCUCCCCCUGCGACAUGCCCAGCCUCCACCAGCUGCUCUCCCGCAUCCCUCGGGACCUGCCCUACGAGCGCCUCGUGCUGCGGGCGCAGGAGCUCUUCCAGCGCCACCCGCACGCCCGCCUGGCCCGGCAGCACCGCGGGAGCCUCGCCAUCCGCUCCUUCGGCGCCUUCCAACGCGCCGCGUCCCGCCAGCGCCCCGAGGCCGGCCCGCGCCGGCAGCCCGCCGGGGCGGGGGGCGACGGCCCCCUGCCCGCUGCCGGCCGCAACCCGCUGGUGAAAGCGGCGGUGUGGGGGCUGUCGGCCACGCUGGGGGCCGUGGCGCUGGCCGUCACCCACACCGCGCUCGACUGGGCGCCCGACUUCCUGCUACGGCUCUUCUAGACCCGCCCCGGCGCCGCCGGCGCCGCCGGGAGCGGCCCACGGACCCCGCC